AAAAUCCAAUCCCAGCUGACCCUGGGCUUUGGUGUCCUCUGCCACACCUCACAACUUAAGACAACGUUAACACUGCAGACGAUUUCCAAGGCCAUUACCCUCGAUUGGGAACGAACGCAUGCACGCUGUGUGUGUUUAUGAUCCGGGAUUGCGCACCGAGCGCCUCCAUUGUCUGAUCAGCAGCAGCGGCGGCGGCGGCGGCGGCGCGGAGAGCAGCUACGCGCCGAUCUGAGCGCAGGGGAAGCGGCGUCACCGUGACCCCGAUAUCUGAGGGGGGCGGCGCCGGACCGGACAUACAGCAAGGACGGCGGCGUCGUUAUUGUUUAUUUUUUUGUCGUUUUUCUUUUGGCGGCUAGACACACAGCAACAGUUGUCACGAUGUCUGACAUCCGAUGAGGCGCGAGCCGCGCAGCGAGCAUUGCGGCGCCGCUUUGAUCUCGGCCGGCCGGGAAAAAACGUUUUGCUGCCGCGUCCCGCCUGCGAUGAUGAUACACCCGUCACCUGGGACCGCGAGGGGAGUGUAGCCUACAGCUGUGUGUCAUUCCGGGCUUUUCGGCGUCAUUCAGCCCCGACAGACAUUUCCCCCGGUUUCGGUGGAGGGUUUUUAUUCCGCGGUGAGGCGAAUCCGGCCGUCGUAGGAAGGCUCAUGUUCCGCUUAGACGCAAAGCGGGCUGUUGCGUCUGCGGAGAGUCAAAGCUGACGAGCCUGCCGAGACACGCGGACACGCAGACGGGCAGGCCGAGAGACAGACAGGAGCGAAGGGAGGGGAGGGGGGGCGACCGCCUGUUUAGGCUCUCUCGAACCUUUGCGGAUCGAGUCGAGCCCCCUCCUGUUUCCACCCACAGCCCCCACCCAUUUGGCCUCCCGCUUUGGAUGGGGGGAAAGCAGAGCACGGCGGGGCGGCCCCGGGGUGCCUUUCCCGGCGUUUCCACGGAUGACAGCGCGGUGCCACCCUCGGCCCACUUUGGUCACUACCGGUCCGGCGGCACCAUGGGCCUGCGAAGCCGCUCAGUGAGCUCCGUGGCCGGGAUGGGCAUCGACCACAGCCCCGCCGUGCCCUUCGGCUUCUACACCCCGAGAGGAACGGACUCGGAUCGAGCCGGAGGGAGGUCAGGGCGCCCAACUGCAGCCCCACACGGUAACGGCUACCAGGACACUGGUGUUGGAGGGCACCACACGGACGGGGUGCUCUAUCUAGGGUCCCGGGGGUCGCUGGCUGACACCUUGCCCCUCCACAUCGCACCCCGCUGGUUCAGCGCGCACAGCGGAUUCAAGUGUCCUGUCUGCUCCAAGUCUGUGGCAUCAAAUGAAAUGGAAGUUCACUUCAUCAUGUGUCUAAGCAAGCCUCGCCUCUCUUAUAAUGAUGAUGUGCUUGCUAGAGAUGCCGGUGAGUGUGUGAUCUGUCUAGAGGAGCUGCAGCAAGGGGAUACCAUAGCCAGACUGCCAUGCCUCUGCAUCUACCACAAAAGCUGUAUAGACUCGUGGUUUGAGAUCAAUCGGUCCUGCCCCGAGCACCCCUCCGACUGACCGACCAGCCGGCGCCCUCUGGAUUCUGUUCAAGGACAGGUCGGAUCCUGCCAUGGAUAUCUGGAGACAGAUGUAACCAAAUCAAGCGAUCAACUCAUACUUAUCCCGACAGAAUCCAUCCUCCUAACCAAGAUUAUAAAUCCCUUGUGAACUGAACCCAGAAAAUGUGAUUCGUUCCAUUGUACAUUAAAGGGCCCCUCCCAAGCCCUUGGUUUUACAUUAGCUCCAGGCUAACAGUCCUUUAAAGGGCUUCAUCUGACCCGCGCCUCCCUGAACGUGCUAAGCCGCAGCAGCUCGCCUUCGUCUGUGAUCCGUGUCUAACCCUCCGGCGGCCUUACCUGGCGAGAGGGAAGGAAGCUGAGCAAGGAGGAGGCAGGAGGGGAGACGAAGGAAACCACACAAGAAAAGAGGACAGCGGCGAGGAUGGGAAGAAAAUCAAAAAGUCCCUGAAUAAUCCUUGUAUGUACUAAGUGUUUGGGGGGGGGGGGGGAGAUGGAUUUUGGGCUGAAGAGCGGUCUGAGCAUGCUCAGUUCUGGUUGGGACACAGGAAGGGCCCAGCAGUGUAGUUUACGCUCCUUCUGUGUGUGUACGGGAUGCUCCGGUGUCAGGCUUCACCUGGUAUGUGUAUGUACUCGGUGUGUGUGUGUGUGUGUUUGUGUGUGAGCUGGGAACUGCGACAACAUAGCUUUUGCUAAAGCCUAAUGUGUGUGUGUGUGUGAGAGAGAGAGACGGCGUGAAAGGGCAGCGUGGAGGACUGACUGGGACAGUGCCGUGUGUGUGUGUCAGUGUAUUGAAAUGUUUACAGUCUAGGUGUCCAUGUUCCCCGUGCGGCUGGCAGUCCUCCCUUUACUUUGCUGAUGUUUACAGCCACGCAGAGGCGACGCGGCGCGUUCUAAACGAUGCGCCCGUCUUCACUCUCGGCCCUUUUCUUUUUUAGAUCUGCCAGAUUUUUUUUCUUGUGAUGAGUCAUUUUCCCGUGAGUGUGCGUGUGUCUCAAUGCGUACAAAUGAUUGUGUGUGUGAGCGUGUGUGAUUCCAAGGCGCCUCUUGGUCUCCGCUUCCGUCGCCCCCCCCCCCUCGCGCUGUGUUUCUGCUGUCGUAGGUCUGGCUGACUGUGACUGGAGACGCGAGCCACUCGGACCUGGAAAAAAAAGGACUCUGUAGUCCGACUAUGGAUCCACUGGACGGGGAUUAUUUAUUCAUUUGUUCAUAUUUAACAAUAUUUGUUUAAUAUUCCAAUCAUGUGAGGUGUUACCCACUCUUCAGAAUGCCAAGAGCUGAUGUAUGAAGACUUCUACAAAUCAACGUAUGAACAAACUGCAUUUACAAAGCUACUGUAAACAAAUGGUGGAAUAAAUUGUGCUAGAUGA